GCUUUUCGAGAUAUGCUCUUGAGACGUCUCAAAGGAAGAUACUUUGAUGGGAUGUCUUCUUAAUUUUAUUAUAAUUAUUCACUCAUACUCAUAAUAUUAUUCUCUGAUGAAUCUCUACAAACAGACAAGAAAGUGCGAGAAAAUGAUGGGUCUCUGUUCUCCUUCUCCUUCUUCUCACGAUUGUUCUUCAUCUUCUCCAAGGAACUCGGAGAAGAAGCAGAAUGUGAUUGUUGCAUCACCUUCAAGAUUCUCUACCUACACUAAACCGAGUUUAUCAAUUGAGAAGAGAUUACUUACUUACCAGGAUUCUAAUUGCAACGUUACGCCAAAGUCUUCAGAAGAUUUGAGGAAAGAAAUUGCUUCACUUGAGUUUGAGAUUCUGCGUACAGAACAAUAUCUGCUCUCUCUGUAUAGGACAGCUUUCGAUGAACAAGUUUCUUCUUUUUCUCCUCACACUGAAACAAGCUUAGUUUCUAAUCAGUUUUUACCCAAAUCCGAGCAAUCAGAUGUUACCAGUGUGUUCAGCUACCAUUAUCAAGCUUCUCCGGCCUCUGAAUGUUCCUCUUUGUGUCCUCCUCGGAGUUUCCAAGCCAGCUUAAAAGCUUUGUCUGCAAGAGAGAAGAGUAGAUAUGUUUCUAGUAGUCACACUACUCUUGGAGAUCUUCUGGGUUCUACUCUUAUCGUAGAUAACAUUGCGAAUCCGAGUAGGCUCUCUGAAGAUAUCUUAAGAUGCAUAUGUUCUGUAUAUUGUACACUCUCCAGCAAAGCCAGAAUCAAUUCUUGUCUUCAGGCUUCUCCUUCUUCACCUUCAUCUGUCUCUUCCAAAGCCACUUUUGAUAGCUUGAACUCGCGCCAUGAGGAACGCAAAGAAGCAAAUGUGCCAGGCGUUGUUGUAAUAGAAUCUCUAGAACUUCACUUGGAUGAUGGUAGUUUCAAUCACGCUGCUGUUAUGCUCCAAAACUUCAGAUCACUAGUUCAAAAACUUGAGAAGGUUGAUCCGAGUAGAAUGAAACGCGAAGAGAAGCUAGCGUUUUGGAUAAACAUUCACAAUGCCCUCACAAUGCAUGCGUAUCUAGCCUACGGAACUCACAACCGUGCCAGAAACACCUCGGUUUUAAAGGCAGCUUAUGAUGUUGGAGGCUAUAGCGUAAACCCUUACAUUAUCCAAAGCUCAAUCUUAGGCAUUCGCCCACAUUUUUCACAACCUUUGUUGCAGACAUUGUUUUCGCCAUCAAGAAAGUCGAAAACUUGUAAUGUCAAACACAUUUACGCCUUGGAAUAUCCCGAGGCAUUGGCUCAUUUUGCUCUUUCUUCAGGAUUUUCUACUGAUCCUCCGGUUCGGGUUUACACGGCAGAUUGCGUAUUCCGGGAUCUAAGAAAAUCCAAAGAAGAGUUUAUAAGAAACAAUGUUCGUAUACACAACGAGACAAAGAUAUUGUUGCCCAAGAUUGUUCAUUACUAUGCUAAAGAUAUGUCACUGGAACCAUCUGCCCUCAUGGAAACAACGGUGAAGUGUUUACCGGACUCCACGAAGAGAACAGCUCAGAAAUUGUUGAAGAAGAAGAGCAGAAACAUUGAAUAUUCACCGGAAAACUCAAGUUUCCGUUAUGUAAUCAUCCAGGAACCAACAACAAGAAGACAUGAUUCUACUAUAAUAUAAAGCGAAAUAUAACAACAUU